AUGACUGGUUCUUACUUCUUACUCUCGCUAAACAAAUCGCAUGGAUCCGGUUUCUUGCUUAAACUUGCUUCUUGCUUUAGUCAGUUCACAAGCAGGGGCGGAUCUACACUUCUUCGGGGGGUUCCCGGGAACCCGUUUGGUAGUAUGCAAAUGCGAAUUCCAAGUUUUUUCCAAAGACAACCAUCAAAUGUUGAAUCAUCAUCUUCAAAUGGUAAACCAUUGAAAAUAGAUAUGGAUAAUCUUCCAUGGGAUCCUUCCGAGAGGAAGCCAAUUUCAUCUUAUCACCCUAGCCAAAAAGAUGAAAUUAGACGUACAUAUUUGCUUAGAGGUCCAUGUCAACCGCAAGGGAAAAAAGAUGAUUUUCCACAAACCCAAGUCGGUAAUGGUGAUAAGUUAAGGCGUUUUAAUCCGAAAUGGUACACAGAAAAGCAUGGAAAUUGGUUGGAAUAUAGUGUCAAAACAGAUAAAGUGUAUUGCUUAUAUUGUUACUUGUUUCAUGAAAGUGGACAAAAUGAUGCAUUUGUGAGUGAAGGGGUACGAUGUUGGCACAAGAAAGACGAAAAAUUAAAUGAGCAUGUUGGUAAAGGCAAUAAUACUUUUCACAAAAGAGCCGUUGAAAAAGGGGAAGACUUACUUAAAGAAGCUCAAUCUAUACUUGCGUGUAAUGGAAAUUAUUCUCAGAAAGAUAGAAAAGAAUAUAGAAUGCGAUUAAGUGCUUCGGUUAUGAUUGCUCAAGGAUUGUUAAAUGGUGGGUUACCUUUUCGGGGUCACGACGAGUCUGAAGAAUCCUUAUAUAGAGGACAUUUCAUAGAGUUUUUAAAAUUGUUCGGACAAAUGAAUGAAGCAAUUGGUAAGGUUAUACUAGGUAAUGCUCCCGGUAAUAACCAAAUGACAGCUCCGUCAAUACAAAAAGAUAUUUGUAAUUGUUUUGCAGAAGAAGUGUUAAAGAAGAUAUUUGAAGAACUUGGUGAUGAUGUCUUUUCUAUAUUAGUUGAUGAAUCGAGAGAUAUUUCUAAAAAGGAACAAAUGGCUGUGGUUUUGAGGUCUGUAGAUAAAUUAGGAUUUGUGAAGGAGCGUUUUAUCGGUCUUGUUCAUGUUAAGGAAACAACCGCUUUAUCUCUUAAAUCUGCAAUUGAUGAAUUGUUUGCUCACUACAAUUUGAGUUUGGGUACGGUUAGAGGCCAAGGAUAUGACGGCACAAGCAACAUGUCUGGUGAGUUUAAUGGUUUAAAAACUUUGAUUUUGAAAGAAAAUUCUUCGGCGUAUUUUGUUCAUUGCUUUGCUCACCAACUUCAACUUGUUGUUGUGGCCCUUGCAAAUAAGCAUCUUGAAAUUUGCAAGUUUUUUGAAGAAAUAUCAAAGUUGACCAAUGUUGUUGGUGCAUCUUGCAAACGAAUAGAUUUGCUAAGAGAAAGUCAAAGAGAGAGGUUGCAAGAGUCGGGGAAUCAAGAAAUGUCAAUUGCAAGAGCCGGAGAUACUCGUUGGAGUUCUCACGACAAAACACUUCUUCGUUUGCUUACUUUAUAUCCUUGUGUUCUUGACGUGCUUGAAUAUAUAGAAACUUCGGCAUGGGAUGAUAUUCACAAAGCACAAGCCUAUGGACUUCAGUUAUACGUGAAAAGUUAUAAGUUUGUAUUUUAUUUACAUUUGAUGAAGUAUAUUUUGGGAGUUACCAAUUUAUUGUGUGUCGCUCUUCAAAGAAAGAAUCAAGAUAUUAUAAAUGCGGUUGAACUAGUUAGAUCAACCAAAGAAGAAUUAUAA